AGCACUGCAUAUGAAAGUGCCAUCUUGUUCAGCACCAACCAAACUGCAAUAAGGUUGUUACUGAAAAGAGCUCGCUCCUCCGGUAACCACUUCAGUACUUCACCACCCUUCUCUUUUCCAAAACUGGCAAGGGCUCCCCUCAAGAUCCCAAUGGCGAUCAGGAGCUCUUGCCAUGGCCCUCCUUCCGUCGCCGUUCCAGGUUUCGGCACAAGGAAGGCGACGCUAAGGUUCAGCACCACCGUGCGCAGCAGCCAUGAGCACCUCUCCAACUCUGCAAGAUCCAUCAAGACGGUGUUUGAGGACCAGGUGAGAGGGGUGGUGUGCUACAGAGACGACAGGGGAGAGGUGAUCUGCGAGGGGUACGACGAAGGGCCCAGGCUCGGGAUGCGGCUGCCGGAGAAGGCCUGCUUUCCAUGGCCAAUGGGGAUCCGGGUCACUGAUUUCAUCGAGCUGUCGACGCUUCGAGUCUUGGAAGACGAGGAUGCUCUGAAAUGAUAAGCUGGUGGAGUGAUCACGCAAGAAGAGCUCAUCUGGAGUUCAGUCGUGUGAGAACAGCUACGAGAAUAAGCCCAGCCGUGGCUCUUUCUUUCUGCCACAUUUCUAAUUCGAUUACAUGCGUAUGCAUCUUCUUUCGGUAAGCGAGAUGGAAAUUGUGUUGUUUCCUGAAGCAUCAAACCAACUCGUUCUUGUUCCUGCC